CGAGGUCUGAUUCUGUUGAUGCUUUUCUGUAUGUAUUAGUUUUGAUUUUGUGCCACACAAAAAAUCAUUAAAAAAAGAGCGAGAAUAAAGGGCAUAUCAAAAAAAGAACCCGUGAGCUUGGAAUUCCAAAAGGUGGUAUAUUCACGUCCAUUUUCUGCCUCAUAUUGACUGCUUCAAGAUUGCUAUAUUUCUUGUAUCUAAACUGAGAUUCAAGAAAAAAAAGACAAUUGUGUAUAGCUUUGCUAAAUGUGAUCAAAAUUACCUUAUUUCAAUAUGCUAUGUUCAUAGAAUCUAGGAAAUACUACUUGGUUUUCCCUUUGCAGAUUCAUUCAAUUCAAGAUUACAAAUUGUUGAUCAAAUAAGGCAGCUUUAUAAGUUGAGAUUGCAUUUGUUUGAAGUAGAAUAGUCUAUAGAUAUUGAGAGAGAGAGAGUGUGUGUGUGUGUGGAAAUUGGAAUGAGAGUGAAAUGGAUUUCUGGCCGGAAUUUCUUGCAAACAGUUGGGGGAGAGAAUUUGUGGCCGGUGGAUUCGGUGGCACCGCCGGAAUAAUCGCCGGCUAUCCGCUCGAUACGCUCAGAAUCCGACAGCAGAGCACCGCGGAAGGGACGGCGGCCCAAAUAUUCCGGCGCCUGGUGGCUGCGGAGGGUCCCUUUUCCCUCUACCGCGGCAUGGCCGCUCCUUUGGCUUCUGUAACUUUCCAGAAUGCUAUAGCUUUCCAAACAUAUGCAAUCCUUUCAAGAGCAGUAGAUGGACACUGUAGUAGCUCCAAUGAUCCACCCUCAUACACAGGAGUUUCUCUUGGUGGGUUCGGCACGGGAGCCAUCCAGAGCCUCGUCCUCAGCCCGGUCGAACUGGUCAAGAUCCGUCUCCAGCUUCUCCGCAGCCCCAUGGGGCCACGGGAUGUGGCCCGGAGCAUACUCCGAGCGGAAGGCUUUCGGGGCCUAUAUCGGGGCCUAACCAUUACGGUGCUGAGGGACGCCCCUGCCCAUGGGGUCUACUUCUCGACGUACGAGUACACGAGGGAGUGGCUCCACCCGGGCUGCAGGAAGGGCGGCUGCGAGUCGUAUGGGACAAUGCUGCUUGCAGGAGGGCUGGCGGGUGUGGCUAGCUGGAUCUGCUGCUACCCGUUGGACGUGGUGAAGACGCGGCUGCAGGCGCAGUCGAGGUCGUGCGAGAGAUACGGUGGGAUAGUGGAUUGUUUCCGGAAGAGUGUGAGGGAGGAAGGGUAUCAUGUGUUGUGGAGAGGUUUGGGGACUGCUGUGUUGAGGGCCUUUAUUGUGAAUGGGGCUAUCUUUACUGCUUAUGAGACCGCACUAAGGUGCUUUUUCCGGGCCAACGACAAUCCGGCCACCAUUUAGGCCGGAGACGGCCGGCCCUUUUCAGGGGCAACGCCGGUUGUGGUACAAAGGGGAAAUUCUUGGAAUUCGAUUUAAUUUACUCUGCUUUUUAAUCUAUUGCUAUUAUCAAAUGUUCUUAUAUCUUGUGAAGUUUCCUUUGUAUGUUUGAAUUUAUAGCUACGGUAAUGCGUUUGUAUUCUGAUGUACUAAUUGAUAAAAUGAGCUCUCAACGCU